GACGACGGAACAGCUCUCUGGUGGGCCGCAAAAUACGGCUAUGAGGGGAUAGUGCGAAUGUUACUGGCUCGGAAGAAUAUUGACCCUAACAUACCAGCAUUUUCAGGCACGACACCACUCAUGGCAGCUUGGACCAGUGGGUACGAUACGAUAGCAGAGCUACUGUUGGCUCGAGGCGACACCGAUUAUAACAGAGCGGACGGAAACGGCGAUACCCCAAUAUGCUGGGCCGCAGCUAAUGGUAAGGAGAAGGUCGUCAAGUUGUUACUCGCAAAAAAACGUAUUGAUUGCCAGCGAGAAAAUAAUGAUGGCGAUACACCACUCGCUCUCGCUGCGCUGCACGGACAUAUGGGGGCAGCACGCCUACUAUUAGAUUCAGGCCAUAUUGAUCCCAAUACGCCAGGGAGACAUGGCAGGACACCCAUUAUAAAUGCUUGCAUGGGCGGUUACUUGGAAAUAGUGUUGAUGCUCCUC